AUGGAGGUAGAGGUCACACCCCCUAGGAAAAUCAAGAAGUUGGACAAGGACGAAGCAGUGAUGGAAUUGGAUGAGCCCACACCAGUCAAAGAAACCCCCAAAGACACACCCUCGGAUCACGAGGGGUCUCCACCACAGUUCGAUUUUGAUCUAGACCCCAGGCUACCUAUGCCAGUGCAGAACAAGGGACCAGCCGAAGACACAGUUGACAUACAAGUCACACCGGGGAGUAAUGACAAGAUCCUAAAAAUAGGGUCCAGGUUGAGUCCGGAGGCACCAAUAAGUGGGGAAAGGGCUGAGGCCCUCCAGGAGGAAGUUGACCGCCUCCUAAAAGCAGGAUUAGUGAAGGAAUCAUUCUACCCAACCUGGUUGGCAAACCCUGUGCUUGUGAAGAAACCCAACGGGAAAUGGCGCACCUGCAUAGACUUUACCGAUCUCAACAAAGCAUGCCCUAAGGACAGUUUUCCACUUCCCAGAAUUGAUCAGCUGGUAGACUCAACAGCCUACUCGGGAUACAAUCAGAUCCCUAUGUACGAGCCUGACCAGGAGCAUACCUCCUUCAUUACGGACAGAGGGCUAUAUUGUUACAUCGGCAUGCCAUUCGAACUCAUCAACGCAGGCGCGACCUACCAAAGGCUUGUAAACAUGAUGUUCAAAGAACAGAUCGGAAAGACCAUGGAGGUGUACGUAGACGAUAUGCUGGUCAAAUCUAAGAAAGCCAAUGACCAUGUGUCUCACCUAUCAGACAUGUUCAAAAUCCUAAGGAAGUACAGGAUGAAGCUCAACCCGCAAAAGUGUGUCUUCGGAGUGGAGUCAGGGAAGUUUCUUGGUUUCAUGGUUAAUCACAGAGGUAUUGAAGCCAAUCCCGCGAAGAUUAAAGCUUUGCUAGAUAUGAAGUCCCCAACCAAUGUCAAACAGGUGCAAAGCUUAACCGGGAGGAUUGCCGCCUUGAACAGAUUUGUGUCGAAGUCCUCUGAAAAAUGCAAAGAGUUCUUCAAAGCCGUGAAGGGCACAUCUAAGGACUUUGAAUGGACGGUAGAGUGUGAAAGUGCUUUUGCGAAAAUCAAAAAACACUUGGGCGAGCCCCCCCUCUUAGCCAAACCUAGUGAAGGUGAGACGCUCAUACUCUAUUUGGCUGUCUCAGACUACUCCAUUAGUGCCGUAUUAGUAAAGGAGGACGCGGAAGGUCAGUCCCCAGUCUAUUAUGUAAGUAAAAGGUUGUUGGACGCGGAGACUCGCUACACAAGUAUGGAAAAGUUGGUGUACGCUUUGGUACAUGCAUCCCGAAAGCUACGACCCUACUUCCAAGCACAUAAGGUGGAGGUAAGGACCGCGUACCCCCUUCGUCAGAUCAUGCAUAAACCAGAAGUAACAGGUAGGAUGAUGAAAUGGGCGAUUGAGUUAGGACAAUUCGACAUUAACUACAGACCACGGACCGCCAUCAAGGGUCAAGCCUUAGCGGAUUUCAUUUUGGAAUUUCCGGAAGAUGGAGAGAACUCCGGCCUACUAAUCAAAUAUGACCCAGACCUACCGCCACAACCGGACGCCCCGAAAGAAGAUAUCCCCGAGCUGUGGUGGAUAGUGCACACCGACGGAGCAGUAAAUAAUGAUGGGGCAGGUGCUGGCAUAGUGUUAGUAAGCCCCGAGGGACACAGGCUCUUGAAUGCGAUCCACUUCACCUUCCAACUAUCUAAUAACGACGCAGAAUAUGAGGCAUUAGUGGGAGGCUUAAAGUUAGCCCUUGAGAUGAAAGUCAGAAGGCUCGUGGUAAAGCUCGACUCAAUGUUGGUGGUGGAGCACAUAAAAGGGGGAUACCAAGCCAAGGGACCUAAGACAGCUAUAUACCUCAAAUGCGUCCAAAGAUUGUUAGACCAGUUCGAGGAGGUACAAGUGAACAAAGUACCUAAGGAGUUCAACGGAGACGCCGACGCCUUAGCAAAAUUGGGAUCUCAGAAAGACGCUGCCUUAUUGGGGGUAAUUCGAUUGGAAGUUCAAGAGGUGCCUAGCAUCCCAGAACUAGAGGUCAUGGAGGUAGGAGACGGCGUCGGGCAUCAAACAUGGAUGACACCAAUAUGGGAUUUUAUUAAGGAAGGAAAGUUACCCGAAGAUAAAGCCGAAGCUCGGAGGCUAAGAUAUAAGGCAGCCAGGUAUGUGGAGUAUGAUGACAAACUAUAUAAGAGGGGCUUCAACCAACCAUUACUGAAGUGUUUAGACGGUGACGAAUGCACCUAUGUGUUGAGAGAGGUCCAUGAAGGCAUAUGUGGGAAUCACUCGGGAGGCAACUCGUUGGCUAUGAAGAUUCUGAGACAGGGAUACUAUUGGCCUACCCUGAGGAGUGACGCCUUCGACUUUGCCAGAGCAUGUGAUAAGUGCCAACGGUUUGCCAACUUCACCCAUAACCCAGCAACAUCUUUGACCAUCAUGAUCAGUCCUUGGCCUUUUGCCAUGUGGGGGAUAGACUUGAUUGGGGAACUCCCUAAAGCCAAGGGAGGUGUGAAGUAUACAGUGGUAGCCGUGGAUUACUUUACCAAGUGGGCGGAGGCCGCGCCUUUAGCCACCAUCACAGCCAAAAAGAUUAAAGAUUUUGUUUUUAACUCUAUUGUUUGCAGGUUUGGGAUUCCCUACAAGCUGAUCUCGGACAACGGGAAGCAAUUUGACAGCAAGGAGCUGAGAGGCCUUUGCGAUGACCUUGGAAUUAAGAAGGACUUCGCAGCGGUGUACCAUCCUCAGAGCAACGGGUAG